UUCCUGGGGGCUGCGGGCGCUGGGAGCGGGCCCGGGCCUAGGUCUGGGCUUGGCCUCCGAAAAGUCUCGGGCCGCCAGUAUUCAGGCUCUUUCCUGCGAAGUCAUUUAGUUGAAGGAAAGCUGCCCACUUGCACUUUGGGAACUGGAGAGCUGCUCCCAGGGAUGGCUAAGCUGAACUAGGACUGGCCUGAACAUUCCCUGUUUGAUGUUUCCUCAUCCCUGACCUGGACCUUAGAGCAGCUUUUUCAUUUUGAGAGCCGAUGAAAGUAACACUGUGUAUUACUGUCACAGAGUCAGGUGGAAGAACUGAGGAGGCCGUUAGAGGUCAGUGUUUGUACUCGGGAAGUGUCGUUCGGAGACCAGUGAAAGCACCGGGCGUCCCCUGGUCUUGGAAGGGUGUUAAUACUGAAAAGGCAGACAAAAUUUGUGUCUGUGCUGUAUCUACACUGUUGAAGGUACUUGCCUCACAGAGUAAUCCCUGCCUGCACAGAGGACUAGGUUAACACCUCUGGAUUUAGUGGUGCUUCUAACAGAGAUGUAUGCCCUCCAGAAGUCUGGGACUCCUCUGGAUGCCACAUGUGCCACUGUGGCCAUGGAACAGUCUUGUGUCCAAAGAAAUGCAUUCUGAAGGAUAACUACUGCUUACUGAACUGAACUGCAAAGAUCUCAUGCUUUGGAGAUGAAGAUGAUAAACCCAAGGAAAUAAUCCAGCUGCUCCUGUUGUGGCAACUGAAAUAUCCUUUUGCCAAAAUGAACAGUCUUUGAGAAAAAUCUGGAAAGCUGUAAAAUCUGAAAAAUGGGAGAAAGAGUAAGGAGCCCAGAUUCUGAACACGAGAGGAAAUCAGAUGAGGAUAAAAAUAGUGACUCCUAUUAUUCAGAUGAAGGUAAUGCAUCUCAUUCAUCCAGCCAGUCUCCAGCACUAAGCUCUCCAUCUACAAGCCAAGAAAAGAGACAUCACAAAACACAGGCUUCAAACAGCCUUGUGCACUACCAAGCCACAAAGAAAUUGGAUUCCAAAUAUGCACCAAGCAAGAGAGGGACACGGUGGGGUUUCCGUUCUCAGAGCCUCACUAGGGAUUCUCCUGCAAAAGAUAUAGAUCUUGUUACAAAAAGAGUUCUUUCUGCGAGGCUGCUGAAAAUCAAUGAGCUCCGAAAUGAACUGACUGAACUCCACAUCAAACUGGAUGAGCUGCAGAAGGAAAACAGGGCACUGAAGAGGCUUCAGCACAGGCAGGAGAAAGCCCUGAAUAAGUUCGAAGAUACGGAAAACGAAAUCUCUCAGCUCCUUGCUCGGCACAACAAUGAGAUUAGAAUAUUAAGGGAGCGCCUACGAAAAUCUCAGGAGAGAGAACGUGCAACUGAGAGGCGGUUGAAAGAUUCGGAAGAUGAACUGUACAGAACAAAAACUGUCCUGCAGAAACUGAAAAAGCUGUCUGCAGAUAAGCACCUUGCCGAAAGAGACGACCUGGCAAAGAAACUAGCCAAUGCAGAGAGCAGGCUGGAGGACAGGGAAAAAAGAGUUAAGGAUCUGGAAAGAAAUCUUGAGUUAAGUGGUAGCAGUUUUCAACGAGAGUUACAUUCAAAGAAAAAAAAGCUAUAUGAGGCUCAAGAAGAAAACAGAGUUCUCCAAGAAGAGCUUCAUCAGCUAAAUCAGAAGCUGAAGGAGAAAGAAAGAGAACUUGAAGCAAAAAAUAUAUAUGCUAAUCGUAUGUUGAAGCUAUCACCAAGAAAAGACAUGGAUAUUGUACAAAGAAAAAGAGCCAACAACCAAAAUAUUAAAAAAGGACCACUCCUUACAAAAGGUGUACAAACCAGUGGAUACUUCUCACCAGCAGAACCUCUUCCAGAAUCAGAACUUGUCUGUGGUGACACAGUAAACAAGAAAGAAGGAAUUCUUCCUAAAAUAGAAAAAGAAACUCGAGACAAAGGGUGGAAAGAGCAAACAGACCUCCUAAGACAGGACCAAAAAAGGGAAAGGGAAGAGAAACUGAAAUAUUUUCAGGAAAUGCAGGCUUUAGAGGAGAGAGUUUCAAAACUUCAUGACGAGUGGGAAAGGAAAGAAUAUGACAAAAUGAAAAAAGAAAGCAACUUUUUAUUGGAUAAAGAAGAGAAAAUAAAGAUGGAGGCAGAAAUCCGCAAACCUGAAGUAGAGAGUGAAAGCCCUGAAAUGUUGGAAGAGCGGCGAAAAAGAGAGUUCCUGCUUGCUAAAAUGCAAGAAAUUGAUAGAGAAAUUCAAAGUACAGCAAACAUGAAACCAACUUCCCAAGCACCACUCACAAAUACAGCAAGAAAAUCUGAUUCCCUGGAGAAAAAGGAAAAAACUAAUCCAUUCUUUGAGGUUCCAGGGAAGGUUAGUAAUGGAUUUCCUGUAAAGGACAGCCAGGACGAUGCCACAAGAGCACAAGGGCAGAAGCAACAAAAUGUAAGGACUGUAGAUUUAAGUUGUGAGUUAACAUUUGGUAGUUAUGUACCUUCCUUUGGGAAAGGAUCAGGGAGACCAAGUUGGCUUACUCAAAAGCCUGACAAAUUAGAAGAAAAUGUUAAGGAAAACGCAGAUUUCGAUAGUAAGAAAGAAAAGAAGUCCAAUUUAAUGGAACAACUCUUUGGAAGCAGUGCCAGUACCAUUUUUAUCUCUAAAAAUAACAAUACACCACCUUUUGAUGUAGAUUGGGAUUCUAGUAAUACUCCUUUUGUUGAUAAAAACAGUAAACUCAAAGUAAAAGAAGACAAUGAGCUUUUUGGUGAAGGAAGAAACCUAAACAGACACCGUUUGCAAUACACUACAAGCAAGCCAGGAGUUAAGACCCUUGGUUCUUUAGAAGAUGAAAUCGAAGAAGUAAUCUUACAGUGAUCAUAUUUUUAUAUGUUUCAUAUGUAAAUACUGAAAAACUAUUUUCAUGUAAUAUUUAUUAGAUACAGAUUUGAAAGAUGUCAGAUAUAUUGUAAAGCCUUAUGAAGGAAUAAUUUGCAUAAAUGGGUAUAUGUAUAGAGGAGAGGUGCAGUGCUUGUUUGUUUUUUUUUUUUACCUGAAGGCUGCUCACAAUACACUGCUUUUCAGUUGGAGUACUUCUUUUAGGCCUCAGAUAUUUUCUUUCUCACACAUUUGGAGAGCCACUUAACUGUGCUAGGAGAAGGCAUGUGUAAUAUCAGUCAUGAAAUGGAUAGAAGAGACAUUCCUAGCACAAAUUCUCUUAGAAAGAGAUUAUUUUACGCUGCUGUCAUGUUAUCUCAUAACAUCAACAGAAGCACAAUUAACUCAGGAACAGCCAAUUUCUCUUUUGUGUAGGUUUUCUGUGGACCUUACUACCAAAUGUGUCUAAGUCUUCUCAUUUAUACAGAUUAUAUUUGUUAUACAAUGCCAUUUUUUGUAAUUUCUGAAUUUUAUAUGUAAAAUUCCAAUCAUUACUAAGUAAUUUUUUAACAAAAUGGUUUUAUUAAAUGAGUUGAGUAAA